UCUCUCUGGUUCUCUCUCUUUUUUUCUCCAAUACUGACACAACAUUGGUAUCCCUUUUUUUUUAUUUUUUAUAUUCCCCUCCCAAACCUUUCUCUGCUUCCCUCUCAUUUUCUCUCUAUUCUUCCCCCUUCUUCCCCCCGCCCCCCUUCCUUUUUUUGUUGUUGUUGUCGUUACAGAGGGGGUAAACGCCCCAAAACAAAAACAAUUAAAUAUGACAAGGGGAGGUCUGGCAGGACCUUGAGCAUCAACAUCUAAAAUGGCUCUAAGGAAGGCAGGAGUUUCUUCAAAAACAUCGAGGCCAUGAUUAAACUUGUGAUUGGCAACCAAGGUCUCUUGUUCCCUUUGAAGUCACAGAUCCUCAUCUUCUUCGAAGUCACAAAUCUCCAUUUGGUUUCACUGAGCCACGAUCAAUGGUUGGUAAUUUUUCGAAAGGUUCAAUUGGGUUGUGGUUCCACUGGGUUUGAUUUGGUGGUGGUUGAUUCAAGUGGUUGAGUUUGAAUUGGUGGUGGUUGGUUGGUGUGACUGGAUUUAUGGUGGUGAUAAUUCUAGGUGAAGAAGAAGAAGAAAUUGAUUCUUGAAGCUUGGAUAUGGAUUUGGUCUUGCGAUUGGAUUAGUCGGACUUGCGCGUCAAAAUAGCACGCUCGCUAUUUUGCGAACUGCAUUUCAGCCUCUCUGUAUAAGGAGAGCGAGUGAGGAGGUUUUUUAACUAUUGGACUCCACAAUCCCAUUUAACUUAGUCCCCCAUUUUACCAAACAUAGGUUUCAAGGCUUAUUUAGCAUAGUCCUGUCUUGCGGGUUUUAUUUUAUGAAGGUGAAAGCUUCCAUAACUUCGGUUACUCUCAAUAAUCUAAGAAACUACAUUUAAAAGAGAAAAGUAGUAAGAAACCAAAAGGAAAAAUCUGGUUUUGAUAAAACUUCCCCAUCUACCUUUCCCAUAAGCCCAAAAAUGAAAAAUGAAAAAGGCGAGGAGGAAAUGAUGGGUGGUGUGGUGGCAAAUUGGCAACCACACCCGUAGGCCGUAGCUAGCGUCAAUGCAUCAAAACCAGGGUGUCGUUGGAUGCUCUCUCUCUCUCUCUCUCUCAAUCCCUCUCUCACAAACGAGCUACUUAAGUAGCUAUCUAACAGUCCAUAGCGAACAUUAAAUACUGCACCAUCAUCACCCUCUUCACCAACCCACUUUGCUCGCUGCAUUUUUUGUACAAGAGCUCCACGGUUCACCUUGUUGGCUUCUAAUCCACUAGUUAAUUGAUCAUUUAAAUGACACAAGAAGUUGUAAAUUCAGAUGAGGUUGUUCUUGGAGAAGAAAUAGAGCAUGUGAGGUUGAUCACCUUGAACAGGCCUCGUCAUUUGAAUGUCAUCUCAUCAAAAGUGGUUUCUUUGCUAGCAGAAUACUUGGAAAAGUGGGAAAAAGAUGAUAAAGCUGAGCUUGUAAUUAUCAAGGGAUCGGGUCGAGCUUUUUCAGCCGGUGGGGACUUGAAGAUGUUCUAUGAUGGCAGGAACUCAAAGGAUUCCUGCCUUGAAGUGGCUUACAGAAUGUAUUGGCUUGGCUAUCACAUUCAUACUUAUAAGAAAACCCAGGUGGCUCUGGUCCAUGGAAUUUCAAUGGGUGGAGGUGCAUCUUUAAUGGUCCCAAUGAAGUUCUCAGUAGUCACAGAAAAAACUGUAUUUGCAACUCCGGAAGCUAGUAUUGGCUUUCAUACUGAUUGUGGUUUCUCAUAUAUACUAUCCCAUCUUCCUGGGCAUCUCGGGGAGUUCUUUGCCUUAACAGGAGCAAGACUGAAUGGUAAGGAAUUGGUUGCAGCUGGAUUGGCAACCCAUUUUGUCCCUCUUGAGAAAUUAUCUGAUCUAGAGAAGCGUUUGAUAAGCUUAAACUCUGGAGAUGAGAACGCAGUCAAAGCUGCUAUUGAAGAAUUUGCAGUGGAAGUCCAGCCUGAUGAAGAAAGUGUUUUAAACAAGCAGUCAAUAAUUGAUGAAUGCUUCUCCAAAGAUACAGUGGCUGAGAUUAUAAAAUCAUUUGAAGUAGAGGCAACCAAAGAAGGAAAUGGAUGGAUAAGUCCAGUUCUUAAGGGCUUAAAAAGAUCAUCCCCUACAGGAUUGAGAAUAACACUAAGAUCGAUUCGUGAAGGCAGGAAGCAAACAUUGCCUGAAAGUCUAAAGAAGGAAUUUAGACUCACAAUCAAUAUACUAAGAGCCAUAAUAUCUGCGGAUGUAUAUGAGGGUAUUAGAGCUCUCACUAUUGACAAGGAUAAUGCACCUAAGUGGAACCCACCAUCUCUUGACCAUGUGGGUGAUGAGAAGAUAGACCAAGUGUUUCAGCCGUUUGAAGAAGAUUUGGAGCUCCAAAUUCCUGAAAAGGAAGAACACAGGUGGGAUGGCAAAUAUGAGAAUUCGCCUUAUGCAUCUUUCAAGGUGACUGACUAAACAAGAUGCAUUUCUGGUCAGCUGUGGGCUUGUUCCUUGAAGUAAAGUAUUGUUCUCCUAUGUAUCUCUUCUAGCCGAUUUUCGUUAGUUAUUUGGUUCGAUGAAUAAGCUCUCAUUGUAUGCAAUUAUUUGCUUCAAGUACUGCCUAAUGUUUUCUAGUUUUGUACCAAAUUUAGCUUAAUUGUCCCAUCUCAAGCCUUUCUUUCACGUUCUUCCAUCUA